GCGACCUACACGAGCCAUGCACCGACGCCCAUUCUUGGAAAUGGCUCCACCGCCGUAGCCAGCCAGCCUGCCACCCAAGCGGAGCUCCCUCUUCUCCGCGUCCAUCAUCCGUCAAUCACUCUGGGUUUGUUUGUGGAUCGAAUCAAGUUCACUGUUUUACCUUGAACCCAAUUCUUAGAAUCCCCCUUUCGUUACUUGUUCACGUAAGCAUCAGCAAUCAUUCCUGAGUUCCCCUGAUCGAGCGUUGCCUUUGGGUUGCGUAGGGUUCAGGUUUAUUGCUUGGAAUUGAGAUCUUGGUCGCAGAUCAUUGGAUUAAGAGGAAGGCUUGAAGAUGUUGCGCAGUAUAUCAAAGGUCGCAGGGACAGCGGCGGCAACUGCUGUCGCGUCUGUGUCAUCACCUGCUGUUGCGCAUGUCGACCCAACUGCUGCAGCAAGACACCGGGAUGCAUCUCGGCUGUCAAAGCCAUCUCCAUCGAUAUUCGAUGACGAAUACGACUUCUGUCAGGAAGAUACUCCAGUAAUUGUAGCGGAUCACUUAACUCCAUUUGGUGGUGUGCCUUCUCAGGAGGAGGCUGAUGCAGCCGCACGAGAAUUAAAAGCAACCUUUGUUCAAACGGAAUCUCCCAUGAUAACUUCUCCCAGGAGCCCUGGUCCCUCUAUCAAUGAUGCCCCGUGUGCAGAGGUGGGCUCCGUGAGUAUGACAACUGCUACACAGCGAUCUUUUGAUGUGCAGGAGCUGACCACAACAACUUCGAAUCAGUUGGUCAGCUCGUCAGCUGAGCAUAGUCACGCUCUAUCCCUUUUAGCACCGGGAGGAAGCCAUGUUGUAGCUCGAUGCAUCGAUCUAAUGCAAACCGAUCCUGACGUUCAGGCAGCAGUGGUAUCGCUGGCCAAAGAUCCAGCUAUUUGGGACGCAUUCGUGAAAAACGAGAAGGUUCAGGAACUCAUGCGAGCACGCCCAAUGACUGUAUCUCACAAUAGAGCAUUUGAUAUAGGUUAUGAAGGAUACGAGGAGAUUUCGAGUUCGAGCAUCCCAACACAAUCACAGCGUGUGAAUCCUUUUCUGGUUGCAUUCAAUUGCAUAAGGAAUGUUGUAUGGGAGAUGAUGGACACCAUGGUAGACCUUGUGAACGGCGUCUUUGGAUUUGUGGAUCGGAAGAUCUUCGGCGACAAAGAUAGUGAUCCAACUGACUUGCCUGUUAAGGCGUGCAUGGUACUAACAAUUCUUGUUCUUGCGCUGGUUGUGUUUAAACGAAAUCCAACGCCAUUUGCAUGAAACACUCAGGAGCUGAAAUGACCAGUAUGGAGUGGAUUGCGCGACUGCAAAGAAGAAGAUUUCUAUGUCGGGUGCUACGUCCGCUGGGUUUUAUAUGGUAAUGUCCAAAUCUGCAGUGAAAACAGAUGUUGUGUUUCAGUUUUUAUUUCGUAAAUUGUAAAGGACACGGUUGUAUGCUUGUUGUGUCCUCGUUACGGAGACACAGAGACUAGGUUUUAUCCAGGAAAGAUUGCUUUGGCUUGGACCCUGUGCUGAAGGCUUCUGGUUUGGAUUUAGCAGUAGAGGAUUUUGAGAAGGGUUGGUUCACACAUGUACAUGGUUGUUUGUAGGCCAGACGUCGUGCAUUAUUGAGGAAAAUGUCCCGGGCCCAUAUUGUUAAGGCCGAAUGGAUGCUUUAUAGUUUUUAUAUCAAAGUUUUAUUUUCUGUUCAGAAAGGCUUGCAGUUGGGUAGCAAGCAAAUUUGUCGACAAGUUGGAAGGAUAAUUAAUGAGAUUAGACUGCCUCUACUUGUAGUAGGUUGGGCCUGUGGCUAGUAGGAGUUUUGAAUAUUGUAUCACUCGAAAAUAGUUUUAUUAAGAUAUCUUGUUAAUGGUGGCUUGUUUGUACUGUAAAGUUCAAGCAACUUCUCUGUAGACGUGUUAUUGAUUGAAUGGAAGUCCUAUAACAA